AUGGCAUCACGACGAAAACAACAAAAGCAGUCUCUGAUCACGAGAAAUGAGAAGCGGCAGAAAGGUAUGAGUUUGUUCAGAACGUUGUUUCGAAACAGGAAAAAGGAUGAAUGCACCACCAAUGAUCCACAAGGAGAAACGAUUUUUGAACCAUGUGAUGCUCCAGCACGACCUGUUAUCAGCAUCGAAACGGAGUACAAACUGAAAUGGAAGAAUCCUCACCCAGAGGAAAAAAUUGAGAAGAUUGAUGAUUCAGAAAAGCUUGACAUCGAUGAGCUCCAAAAGACGCCUGAAUUCCAAUUAGCUAAGAAGGUAAUGACACAGUUACGGCAGAAUAAUCUACUAGAGGAUGCAGCGGAUAAAGAAGAUUUUCCAGUUAUUCAACGAUUUUUCAAAGAAGAUUUGAAUCAUCCCACUAAAGAGAUAAUCGAUAUAAUUGAUCAAGCUAUGGAUUACUGCUAUGAGGAGUUCGAACUUCUUCAAGAACGUCAAAAUCUUCAGGUUGAUCCCGAAAUGAAGGAAUUUCUUCAAGAUAAGGAGAAGGCGAAAGAAUGCCUUCUGGAUGUGGUGAUGAUUUGUUCCGAAUUCGUGCCGCUAAUAUGGGGUGGUGAGAGCGUUGUGAUCCCUUCAAAAGAUGAUGCUGUAAAACCUGCAGCUAAAGGAUCCAACGGCAAAGAAAGCAAACCUCCAUGGAAUCGAUUCACAAAAAAGGGUACGACUCGAAGAAGACGAAGUACACGCAGAACGAAACAAAAGGGUACAAGUUUACUACGAAAUAAAUCGGUGGGAAAAGGAUCAAUCAAAGAAAUACCAAAAAAGAUGAAACUCAAAACGGCUAUUGCCUUGCGUAAAUCUCGUAGCGUUGAUAGCAGAGAUGAGUUGGUCAAAGAUAAAAAAUCACGAGGUGGGAAAUCCCGACGUGAAAGUGAUCAUGACCGUACGGGGGUGUCAAAAUCGGACGAGGAUACGAAAAAGAAGAGUUCCGAGUCAGAUAAAAGUGCUAACAGAACAGGCAGUAUGGAGAACGUAUGGACAGCUAUGCGGAAAAAGUACUCAAAAACCAAGGAUGGAAAACAGAAAACCGGCGGAAAACAGUCUGAAGAAUCAAUUAGAAAAACAAGCUCAUCCGCAGAAUCGCAUUCAAGGACAAGCUCAUUUGGGAGGGAAUCAACAGCUAGAUCGGUUGGCUCAAAGGAAGGGAAAAAAAGCACUUCGUCAAGAGAGAAAGCAGAAUCAAGUCGGGAAGGGAAGUAUGGCGAACAUGUUAGAACUUCGGGUUCAAAAAGUAGGACCAAAAUCUUAGGUCGACAAACCAAGAGCAAACGAGCAAAAAGCUGA